UGCCCGCCCCUCGGCCUCCGCCCCGGCGCCGCCGACCCUCGUCUGCUCCCGCCCUCGCCCCUGCGGGUCCGCCGGGGCCAGAACCAGGCUGCAGCGAGGAGGCGGCACAGAGAGCCCGGCUGGGGAAGGCUGCACGCGCCCGGCCCAGAGCGGGGCGUUAGGAGCCGGCUGCCCCGGCCAGGUGGUGCUUUUCUGAAGUUGUUCAUUGAGACUUCUCAGCAUUGCUGCGGAGAUAAAUAGGUGAAGCUGCUGGCCGCUGAGUCUCAGCACUCCGUAUGAAUGCCGUCAGCCCGGGAUCCAGACCUCACUGCUUCUGCUGCCUCCGACGGGACUGAGCAGAGACUUCCUUCCCGGACCUCCUCGAAACUCACAGCUGUCUUUCUGGAUUGACCCCGUGGACUCCAGCCUCGCUUUCCCACCGUGAACAUCAAUAUGUGUCAUGUCAUUGUCACCUGCCGCUCGAUGCUCUGGACCCUCCUGAGUAUCGUGGUGGCCUUUGCUGAGCUCGUUGCCUUCAUGAGCGCCGACUGGCUGAUCGGGAAAGCCAAGACCCGCAGCGCCGACGAGCAGGCAGGCGUGGACUCGGAACCCCACUACCUGGGCAUCCUCUGCAUUCGCACCGCUGCCAUGCAGCAAGUCCCUCGGGACACACUGUGCGGGACCUACGCCAAGAGCUUCGGGGAGAUAGCCAGCGGCUUCUGGCAGGCUACCGCUAUUUUCCUGGCCGUGGGGAUCUUCAUUCUCUGCGUAGUGGCUUUGGUGUCCGUCUUCACCAUGUGCGUGCAAAGCAUCAUGAGGAAAAGCAUUUUCAACGUCUGCGGGCUCCUGCAGGGAAUCGCAGGUCUGUUCCUUCUCCUCGGCCUGAUCCUCUACCCUGCGGGCUGGGGCUGCCAGAAAGCCAUAGACUGUGGACGUUAUGCAUCCCCCUACAAGCCUGGAGACUGCUCCUUGGGCUGGGCCUUUUACACUGCCACCGGGGGCACGGUCCUCACCUUCAUCUGUGCUGUCUUCUCCGCACAAGCAGAAAUUGCAACCUCCAGUGACAAAGUCCAGGAAGAAAUCGAAGAGGGGAAAAACCUCAUCUGCCUCCUUUAGUCUGGAAGACAUGAUGGCCACCGUUACCUUUCUCUAUGGCCCUGUGACACAACCCUCAUCGUUUGAGUCAAGUGAAGAGCCAGUCUUGACCUACCGAAGCCACAUUCUAAAGCCCUGGGCCUUCGUGGGACCAGCGAGGGGCAUGGCCCACCAAGCAGCGCUCUUGGACAUGCUGGCUGCAGCGUAAAUAAUGAGACCAGACAAAGAUAUGGUCUAGCUCCUGGGGAGUCCUGUCGGAGACUCCAUGUCCAUGGGGCUCUGACUCACCAAGGCAGGCGGCAGUCUCUCUGGCAGCCGAGGAGAGGUUACUCAGCCUUAGGGUGGUCUGCGGCAGGUUUUUGGCCCAUGGCUUUGUGUUUAUGAGCAUCUCAGAAUGGCGAGUGGAGGUGGGGGUCUUGGUUUUCUUCCUAGUUCUUUCAUGUUGUCUCACUUGGAGACUGAAAGGAAGAUUACAGACUUACUGAUGACAGGUUAUAUGCUGAAAGGCACAGCAAGAUACCAGGUUUUGCUUAACUGCAAAGAUACCAGGUUUGGCUUAAACUGUGCAGAACCCCACUGUGGAACUACUCCAGUUUGAGUUCCAGGGUCAGAGGAUCUAUGGAACUCUCCUCAGGAUUUGAGUAAAGACAAUCACAUAAGAAUAAAAGUACAAAAAAAAAAAAAAAAGAGUAAAAGUACAAACUUCCCGGCAGUAAGGCAGAUACCUUCCUGCUCCCCGCAGCCAGCCUAGUGCCUGUGAUAGCCCUGUCUCCUCUAUUAGUUUUCUCCUAGGGUUGAGGUUGUGCUUGGCUGCCCAGAGAAACCUCAGUGUUCCCCGCUUCCAAGGACUGCAGCCUCCAGACCAACUGUGGUUCAUGCGGAUGUUCACAGGGAGGGGCUGCCAGAACCUCAGUGUUUGCAGAGUGAACUUUUCUUUCUGUGUGUACUUCCCAACCCCAUUGGCCUUGUUGGCAGGGAAAGCAGGAGCUAGCCUGGAAGCUUCUCUAGCUUGUGGUGGUGAUCCGCAGAGCAGGCUGGUCGACACUGGCUCACUGCCCUGUAUCAAGGAUUCCAUCCCCAGGUUAGCACGAGGAGCAAGGGCUGGAUCAAGCAGCUCACUGCACCUGCCUAUGCAGGUCCCAGAACCACCAAAUGCCUACUAGAGAGGACUCAGGGCUUUUAAUCCAGUUUCCAUAAAUUACCCAUUUGACCAAAGCAGCCAAAAAACCAGAGCCUGGCAUCGUUAUGAACCUUGCAGAUACAGAGAUCGGAGCUCCACAGCAGUGCAGGUGGAGUGGACCUAUUUGGAUUUAGAGGUAUGUUCAGCUGAGGGCUUUGUCUUAAAUGGUGAAGCACCUUCUCCUGGCAGGUGUUGCUCACCAUGUUUACAACCCUGACUCAGAUUUUACAACCUUGUCCCAGUGACUCACUUAAAGCUAUGUCAAUUUAGAGCCAAGCCUUGGUUCAGAACUACUCCCUUAUAGAUGGGCUAGGGCCACUGGGAUCUAAUUAUAGUGUAUUUUCCCUCUGGCCUAUAUUAGAAACCAUCUUAUCUCUCAUGCAGAUGAAGGUUAUAAGUCAGAACCUAAGUUCAGUUUUGAGCCAGUAUUUAAAAUAAGCAAGGUAGAUACCCUGUAGCUUCUUUAAAAGAGAAGGGGAGGCACCCUAAGCAACCCUAGGAAUGCUCAGGAAACAGGAACAGCUCACUGAGUACAUGUGCCAUCGAGCAGAUGAAGAGAGCACUCAUCCUCACUGGGUAUCGAUAUGUCCUGAGCAGGUCCUCUGGCAGAGCACUCAUCCUCGCUGGGUAUCGAUAAUGUCCUCUGGCAGCACAGUGACUGUGUCUCCAACCUGGGCAAUACUUUGCACGAAACACAGUUUUGUUCAUUAGGAAAACUGUGACAAACCACUUCAUUUUCCUUGAAUUUACCAGAUUAACUUUCCCAUCUUUACGACCUUAGCCCCUUCUACACAGACUAGUCCUAAGCCGCAGAUCCUGUGUGCAUGCCCAACACCUGCUCUUUGGGGUCAAGGGGCAGUGGACUCCUAGAAACCUGGUUACAGUCACAAAUGAAGACAUGACCUCUCUGCCACACUGUUUCUCACAAAUUUAACCAUUAGAGAAGACAGCCCCACCACAAAGGGCACAAUGAAAGCCUACAUACUGAUGUAAUGGGCCAAGAUUGCAUUUUAUAGCAGAAACCUUCAAACCAAUACACAGACUUUUACAGGGAAUGAAAGGACCAUCUACAGUUGUGCCAAUAUAGAAUGAAACUUUGCUCCUGGCUCUUUAAAACCACUUGCUGGCCACUACCAUUUCUCGAUAAUGGGGCCAUCACUACCCGAAAAGUCGUCUUUUGUCUGCGUUUGUGCUCAGCUUCUCAUUGAACUCUAAAGCAGAAACACUUGGGAGUCUGUGGCUCCUUUAGACCUGUGUGGUAAUUCAACGUUACAUUUAUAACUGUGGAAGGGUCUUUGAAGUAUCUGUGGUAUAGUGAAUGGCCUUUGUUAACCAUGUAUUCUGUAAAGUGCCAUACUCUCUUUUAUGUGUAGCAUAUUUAAGUGUAUAUAUUACACAUACACAAGUCUGUCUAAUAGAUGUGCAAUAACCAAGGUGUAUGUAUGUUUUCUUUGGGGAAACUGGACAAGAUUCAAAACAGGGAUGUUUCUUUUUGGGCAAAGGAGAGUUAAGACAUUUUUUGCCUUUAUGGCAAGUCAUUCGUCUGUAACAAUUUUAAUGCUACACAAACCUUAUGUGAAGAAAAGACUGGUAUGAAGUAAUUUUCUCCUGGGUCUAAGCUAAAACCAUCACUAUGUUUAUGGGAGAGUCGAUCCAGCAAGCCAGGCCCAGCCAGUGCUAGUCUUCCGUGUGAAAUGUGAAGCUGCGUGUUGCCUCUUCUGUCAGCCUGAACACUAGAAGCUGGUGUAGAUAGAGUAAGCAGCUAUCUCUUGCUAUGCUUUUAUAGGCCACGUUAAUGCUAGACCACUGUCUCUAAGGGCUGGUCUCACACCUUCUCAGCCAUAAGAGUCUGGCUUAGGACAGACCAUUCCGUGCAAUAACAUGUGCUGGAAAUCCCAGGACUGUAUUUGUGUUUUGGGGAGCAGAGACUCUCAAGGCCAAAAGAGUUGAAGGGAUGAGUGGAGGCUUCUGAGACUGUGGGGAACUUCCUCCAUAGCCAAAUGGGUCUUUAGGUGUGAGAAGGAACUUGGACACUGCUUGAUGUUCAGUAGCCACUUGAGCCAAAUAUGAAAUUGUACUUAUUGCUGAUGGACUCAAUCAGAGCCUUCAAAUGUGUGGUUAGCCUAUUAUAUGUAAACUAAUACAUUGUUUGUCUAGCAUUGAUUAGGAUUCUGUACUUAAGGAUUAUCACAAUGUCCUCCCUUGCCCUCUUGAGAUCUGAAUUAAAUCCAAUUUUGCAAAUU